AUGAAGGCCUCAGUCUUGGCUCCCAUUGCUGCACUUUCGAGGCUUUUCGAUUCAGUCAACGAUUGCCGAGAAUUUAAAUGUCCAACAGGAACUACAUUUGACGCGAAACAAAUUGUUGAACUACGAGACCACGUCCUCGGUAACAGGGGAUCAGAUGGUGUCAUCAAUCUCAAUGAUUCUGGUCAGCCUUUCUUGUACUACAAAUUCAAACGCAAGACUUUUAACCAAACUAGGUACAGCUACACGAUAAAGGUGUCUAUUGCCGAAGAAUGGGUAAUGGUAUACGAGGAAAGAAAUGGAUUUAUUAAUUAUUGUACUCUUCAGCAAGUGCCAAAACCACCGUCAAAUUAG